UAAUUGCGUAUAUUACAGGCCGGAUUUUGGGCUUUUCGGGUUUUAAGAUUCGGCCUGCAAAUUCACGGCAUGAUCAAAGCGAGAAAGAGAAGAAAGAUUGAGGUUGGAGAAGAACAGCAACAUGUUAGCGAUUCAGAGAGCGAUACGAUGGAUGUGUACUAGCGCGGAUGCUCCACGUGUCACUCGCUUCUCUCUUAACGCACCCAAGAACGUAGAACUGGAAUAUGCUAAUGGUAGUAAAUUUAGUUUGUCAGCUGAAUUUCUAAGAGUAUACAGCCCGGCAGUUGAUGGCAAGAUUAGGUCAGUUGGGGGUGAAAAGGUAAUAUUUGGGCGGCGUCAUGUUGGCAUCAUGUCUGCUGAGCCUGUGGGAAACUACGGGGUAAGGAUAGUUUUUGACGAUUUGCAUAAAACUGGGAUCUAUCCAUGGGAUUAUUUCUAUUAUCUUGGGAGCAACAAGUUUAGCCUCAUGAGAAAUUAUCUCAAAACACUAAAGAAGCAUGGACUCAGUCGAGAUCCACAAAAACGAAAAUGAUGGAAUAUCAGACUUGAUUUAGCGGGUUCUCCUUCAAUUGUGGUCAGAUGAUGAGUGCACAGCAAUUUAGUUCUCUUUUUGGAGCUGAAGAGUGCAACUUUUAAUAUAUGGCACAUUUUUCUGCAGUUCUCAAUCUAGAAUGUUGUGUGGCUGCUGUGAGUUUGUAAACUGGUUGUGUCUUUUGAAUUUCAUGGCCCUUUUUUCUUUUAAAUUGACUUGAUUAUUUCAUAGUGUUGGAGAAACAAUGAACUGGGAAAUGGCAUAACAGAAACUUCAAUUA